CACUAUCCCACGACUAAUACGAUUAUGACGGAAUAAAAUAUAUAAUAUACAAAAUAUCGCUACUGUGAACUCAUGGCCAACGUAAAACAUGUCGGAGAAAUCGCUAGUAACGUCUUUGUUAUCUCUGGGGCAUCUGUGCAACAGGUGUUUGGUAUCGAAGAUCUUGGCCUUCGUAUAAAGAAAUCGAGUUGAAGAACACUUGAGUUGGUCGGCCCUCGUAAGACUUUAAGUAGGCCAACUGUAUGAACGAGUUAACGAGUUUUUGACUUAACAAGAACUUUCAGACAGAGACAAUAGAAUAGAAGCCCCGAACCCGAUUCAUUUUGGAUUUUAUUGCUUAUAUUUCGGGGAAUUACAAAUAUGCGACACUGAUGGCGGAAAAGCACCAAGGAUACCAUUGAAUGAUGGCAGCUUUAUGCCUGCUAUUGGAUUGGGGACGUUUCUUGGCUUUGACGAAAACGGACAAAAAGAAGUAAGAGAAGAAGAAGUGGAGAAACCUGUGACUUGGGCUCUUAAUGCUGGAUACAGAAUGAUAGACACAGCCUCCGCCUACCAUAAUGAAGAACAAGUUGGAAGAGGAAUCCUCAAAUCGAAUGUACCCAGGGAAGAGGUCUUUAUUGUUACUAAGCUCGGUUUGAAUGAACAAAGAGAUGUUGUACAAUCCUUAAGAGGUUCGCUGAAACGUCUUAACACUUCGUACGUAGAUUUGUAUCUGAUACACAAUCCAGUUGCAUUAAAGCCCGACGACAGUGGCUUUGAUAUCAUAGACUAUUUAGACACUUGGAAGGGCAUGGAGGAGGCGAAACGCCUCGGCCUUGCCAAGUCCAUAGGUAUUUCUAACUUCAACAUAAGUCAGAUGGAGCGUCUUUUAUCCAAUUGUGAGACACGACCAGCAGUUCUGCAGGUUGAAGUAAACCUAAAUUUGGCCCAAAAUAAACUCCAGGAAUUUACAAAAAAAGAAAAUAUCGCGUUAAUGGCGUACACACCAUUUGGUUCGCUAUUCGACAAGACUGGUGUACCGCCUCCGCCCAGGAUUGAUGACGCUACAAUGGUGGAACUGGCCAAUAAGUAUAAGAAGAAAGUACCCCAAAUUGCGCUACGGUAUUUGGUACAACGAGGUAUUUCGCCCAUACCAAAGUCAGUACGUAAAGAGAAAAUCGAAGAAAAUAUCGACAUAUUUGAUUUUGAACUGGCCGAGUCGGAUAUGAUUACUUUGAGUCAAUUCAAUAAAAACUAUCGCGUCGUUUGGCCUAGUUUCUGGCAGGAGCAUCCUUAUUAUCCUUUUGAAAGGAAAGAGAAUCCAGAUAAUAAUUUAUUUAAACCAAAAUCUAAAUAAAUUGAGAUUAAUUUGUCUUUGUACGAUAUUUGAGGAUCCCAUUCCUACAUUUUAAUUAAUAAAUGAUUUAGAGAGAACAAUUUGAUCGACAGGAAAUAUGUUGGAAUUGGGUAAAAUAAAAAUAAAAAAUAC